AUGGAACAGAUUAACAGAGAAGUCGUCGAUCGCUUGCUUAAAGACAAGACGAAAUUUCUCGGCUCUGGGACGUAUGGAGAAGUUACUCUUGUCGAGUGGCUCGGAGAGCCAGCAGCGCUUAAGGUGUCAAGGUCUUCUUCAUUUUCCGAAUAUUUCACCAAGGAAGCCAAAGUUUUGUCGUUGCUGAAGGGCGCAGGUGGCGCUCCCCUGCUGCUCGGAGUUACAAUCAAUCCUCCAGCGCUGCUGACCACCUACAAAGGCAGCCAGACGCUUGAAAACGUGUUACUAAACUCAGAGUACAACUUACUCGACGUUGGACUACAGGUUGGCAGAAAACUGCUAGAAAUUCACCAGGCGGGUAUUGUACACAACGACAUAAAGUGUGAUAACGUUAUGGUCCAAGGACCGCCUCACGAUCCAGUAAUUAGUCUAAUUGACUUUGGAGUGGCCUCCAGAAACAAAGUAAAAAUCUUUCUGGCAGGGCACCCAGAUGUUCACACAACAUACGCCCCAGAAGUCCUUCAGCAAAAGGCUAGUACAUUUGCUUCUGAUGUGUUUUCAUACGGAAAACUGAUGUUGGAGAUCUUGCAAGCGUUGCCCACACAACACCCAUCACUGGAGCAAAUCCUCCAGGUAGCUACUCAACCCAACCCUAGGAGGCGCCCAUCACUUCAAAUCCUGCUGCGUCGCCUACAAGAAAACAUUAGCAAAAUCUCCCUGGCUUCGAAUCAAUCCUCUAAAAAGCCCUAUCCGAGUUUAACUCCAGAGACCGUCAGCCUCCAACAUGGCAGGACACUGUGUCAACGUCCAUAA